AUGGCAGAAAGUAGCAUCAACCCCCAUCACGCCGUGGUGCAAGAGGACUCCGUCGCCAAGAAAGACGCAGUCGAACUCAUCGAGAACGCAUCAAUCCACGAAAGCAUGCCGGACAAGAAAUCCCGUGCCCCGGAACUCGUUCGUAAUCUUUCCCCCGAGACUCGCCGGACUCUCGAGGAUGCUCUUAGGAGGAAGAUCGACUUUCGACUCAUGCCUUUGAUUGUCAUUAUGUACAUCCUCAACUACCUUGAUCGGAACAAUAUCGCGGCGGCUAGGCUGGCGGGGCUGGAGAAAGAUUUGAAGUUACAUGGAAAUCAAUUUCAGACGAGCGUCAGUAUUUUGUUUGUUGGAUAUCUUUUGAUGCAAGUGCCAUCCAAUAUGCUACUCAACAAACUCGGGAAGCCAUCGAUAUAUCUGCCAGCUUGUAUGGUCGUUUGGGGUAUCAUCAGUGGAGCAACAGCUGCUUCUCAGACAUAUGGUGGACUAUUGGCUUGUCGAUUCAUCCUAGGUUUCGUGGAAGCUGCUUACUUUCCCGGAUGUUUGUAUUACCUCUCAGCUUGGUAUACAAGGAAAGAACUUGUGAAGCGCACUGCAGUCCUUUAUUCUGGUUCUCUGCUUUCGGGUGCUUUUUCAGGCCUCAUAGCAGCUGGAAUCACCAAUGGUCUUAAUGGAGCUCGAGGCUUGUCUGCUUGGAGAUGGCUGUUCAUUGUUGAGGGUGCCAUUACAGUCUUUAUCGCAUUGUUCUCAUUCUUUAUUUUACCUGACUUUCCAAGGACUACAACUUGGCUCACUGAAGAAGAAAAGCAACUCGCUGCUUGGAGACUGGAUGAGGAUAUUGGAGAAGACGAUUGGGUUAACAGUAAACAACAAACCUUCUUCCACGGAGCAAAGUUGGCGGCCAAGGAUCCCAAAGCUUGGUUAUUGCUGGCUACAACUUAUGGAUUCACUGCUACUGGCACUGUUACAACGUUCUUUCCCACCGUCGUGAAAGGGCUUGGAAAGAACAACAUCACUACUCUAUUACUAACAACGCCUCCGUAUCUUAUAGCUGUAAUUGCUAUCCUGGGCAAUGCUUGGCAUGCGGACAAGACCGGAGAACGGUACUUGCACGUCGCCUUGCCGCCAAUUAUCUCUGUUGUGGCCUUCAUCAUCGCCGUCACGACGACUGCUUUCGCACCAAGAUACUUAGCAAUGUGCCUCAUGGUGGGAAGUAAUUAUUCAGGCUACGUGGUAACGUUGAGCUGGAUCUCAAACGUACUCCCUCGACCACCUGCCAAACGUGCUGCAGCACUUGCCGGUAUCAAUGCUUUGAGCAAUGUCUGUCAAAUUUACUCUCCAUUCUUAUACCCAACUAGCGAUGGUCCGAGAUAUAUAAACGCGAUGUGCGUCAAUAUGGGCAUGUCAAUCAUGGCUAUCCUCUUCGCCACCAUCCUCCGCUUCCACUUGACAGCUUUGAAUCGCAAGUUGGAUCUUGGAGAAGCUGUCGAUGGCGUGGAUGUAGGCGGAGAGGAGAGAAGAAAUCAAGCUGAAGAGAACGGUCUACCAGGUAUUGCGACGGACAAUGGAUUCAGAUUCUUAGUGUAG